AAAUUGCACGAUUAGUACCUAACAGGUUCUCCUCCGUUGCAGAGUUCUCAUCCGGUAAGCUGUUUGAUUUUAGGAGCUGCAAGGUGGAGCCGUGGUUAGUACUGUUGCCUCGCAGCAAGAAGGCUGCCGGUUCGCAUACCGGUGAGAGGACACCCGGGAUCUUUCUGCAUGGAGUUUGCAUGUUCUCCCCAUGCAGCGUGGGUUCUCUCCAGGCACCUUGGCUGAUUGUCCUCAUGUCGCCCUCGACAUCACUGUACCAACAAGCAUGGAAGCACUGAGUGGAUCUUGUUUGCAAAUCCCCUGUAACUUUACAGCUAGACCAGGAAAACAAUUUUGCAGCCAGAGAGCUAUGUUUGGAGUUUGGCUCAAAAAACACAUCAGCUUUCUCACAUAUCCGGACAAUGUUAUUUUCAACAGUAGUGGGUCAGUUAACCCCUAUCCAAUGGAAAUUACUGGAAACCUGAGUCAGGGAAACUGCACCACUGUGUUUUCUAAUUUAACCACCACUCACACAGACAAAUACUUCUUCAGAAUUGAGAACUGGCCAUUCAGGGCAACAGCUGAUUGUGAUCCUCUUUUGAUGACAGUCAAAGAUUCUCCAUGGAGUCCCAGAAUUGACAUCUCAGGUGAACUGAAGGAGAAGGAGUCUGUCACUAUCAGCUGCUCAGCUUUCACUCCCUGUCCACACUCCCCUCCUCAACUCACCUGGAAUCUCCAACAGGACUCUCACAACCAAAUAGAGGAAAACACAGACGGAACCUUUACAAGUAAAAUCCAGCAGAGCAUCACUCUGUCAGACACACAUGAUGGAUACAACAUCAGCUGCUCUGCCACAUAUCCUGUGGAUGAAGGAAAACAUGGAAAGACAGCAGAGACACAAGAGACUCUCCAUGUUAGAUAUGCCUCCAAAGAAACGUCAGCAUCCAUUAGUCCAUCAGGUUUGGUGUCAGCAGGUAGCUGGGUGAACCUGACCUGCUCCAGCAGAGCCAAUCCUCCUCUCAUCAACUUCACCUGGUUCAUAAAAACCACAGAUGGGUCCAUGGAAGUAGCCAAAGGACACUUUCAUAGGUUUAAUAUCACUGGUAAAGGAGUUUAUUACUGUGAGGCCACAAAUAUCAUUGGUAAUCAGAUGUCAGCUGAGAUUCCUCUCACUGUUGAAGGUGAACAGCCUGGAGGCUCCUUCCAAUGGGAACCAAUUCUCGGAGGGAUUAUUGGGACCAUCUUACUCAUUUGCUUGAUUAUCUUUGCUUGGUGGUUAAACUCGAUGCAUCAAACUCAGCAGCAGAGUCAGACUGGUGAAGAGCCAGUUUAUGAAGAGCCAGAAAGAAAAGUAGAGGAAGAAGAAAAUAAAGAAGAAGAAAACAUCCACUAUGGAGAGGUCAACUUCAAGCAGAGACGUGAACCUUCCCCUGACUCAGUGCUGGACAUCCAGCAGCAGCAGGACAUAGUGUAUGCAGAGGUAAAAGUCAACAAGCCGGCAAACAACCAAACACAGACAGACAAUGGACCAGAGGAACUCUACGCUCAAGUGAAGAAAAACUGAGGCUUGUGUAAUUUAUCUAAAGACAUAUAUUACAUUUGUGUAAGUCACUGUAAGUGACAGUUUUGUGAAGAGAAACUAAGACCUUCAGCAUCCUGCAGCUUUUCUUUUUUAGCUAUGUUCAUAUUUGUGUGCUGAUAGGUGCUAUUGUGGGAUUUGUUUAUUAUUUCUCAGAUGUGUAGAAAUAAAUGUUCCAAAGGCAUCAGUUCUGCAGAUGGAUUACAUGUGCAAA